CACUCAUAUUCUCAACUCUCAUUUUCUUCUUUCUCUCUCUUUGCAAGCUAGCUAGCUUCCAAAAGACAUGUCUGGCGUUUGGGUGUUCAAGAACGGGGUCGUCCGCCUCGUCGAGAACCCAGCCGCAGAAUCGUUGGGCGCGAGCUCCCGCGGCCGGAAGGUGCUGGUUCACACUUCAAGCAACGAAGUUGUUACGUCAUACGCCGUGCUCGAGCGGAAGCUGCUGUCGCUUGGGUGGGAGAGAUAUUACGACGACCCGGACCUCCUCCAGUUCCACAAACGGGGCACCGUCCACCUCAUCUCCCUCCCCAAGGAUUUCAACAAGUUCAAGUCCAUGCACAUGUACGACAUCGUCGUUAAAAACCGCAACGUGUUCGAAGUUAGGGAUAUGUAG